AAUAAAUUUUUUGGGGGGGGACGGAAAGCGACAGGAGCGUUAAGUGGUCCGGAAGACGUCCCGGACACAGAGAGUGAUUUUCCGUGGCCUUAUAUACCUUGUCGGCGGCAGUCCACCCACGCAAACACAACGCCAAAGAGAUGAAGUCAUCGGCGGGCAAUUUCGCGGGAGUUUUCGUGCUGUCGCUGCUGGGGUGUCUGCACAUCUCUGCGCAGCUCAACAGUGUACCCUACCAGAACAACAACAACAUGAUGCCCAACGGAAAUGAAGACAGAUGUUCUUCCGGGUUAAAUGGCAUCCCAGGGACUCCUGGGAUACCAGGCGCGCAUGGCCAGCCGGGAAGGGACGGUAGUAAGGGUGAGAUCGGCCCGCUGGGCCCGAAGGGAGACAAGGGAGACCGCGGCAGUCCCGGGAAGUGUUCCUGUACCAAAGCCUCCAGCAUGAACUGGAAACAGUGCAGCUGGCCUAACCUCAACAACGGCGCAGACGUGGGAGCCAUUCAAGGCUGUGAUUUUGUUAAAAACAGUAACAUGUCGUCCCUCCGUGUGUCCGUGUCGUCUAACUUCUACGUGGCCGGCGUGUCUGCCUGUAAGAGAUGGUUCGUGACGUUUAACGGUGUGGAGUGUCGGGACCCCAUCACAGUGGAGGGGGUUCUAUGGGUGCCCAGCACGGAAACAAGAAGCCACAGGCUGGGACAGUUUGAAGGAGUUUGCAACGAUCUGAGGGCCGGAAUCAUAAGAGUGGACUUCAACAUCGGCAACUGUCCUGACUUCGGAGAUACCAACGGUUACACGGGAUGGAACAGCGCCACCAGGCUGUUCAUAGAGGAACUGCCCCCUCCUCAACAGUGAUAGUUCCGCACACAAAAACUUGAAUCAAUCAAUCAACUGCUGUCGUAUACACUCAUAUAUGCAUCUAUGCUAAAUGUUAUCAUUAUUCUACAGGGAUGCUAGUGAUGGGUUGAUUGUAUGUGAUGUCAUUUGUACAAGAGUUGCAACUUUUCUGUAAAAAGGAAAAGAAAGAAGAAUGAUUUGCUUGCAAAUAAAUGAGAUCACUACCUCUCGGUAUAUCACAAAAAGGGCUUUUGAGGAACGCAGGAGGAAAGAUCAUUCAUAAUGGAUGAUGUUUUGAGACGCAGAAGACGAUUUGAUUGGUUAUUUGAAUGCAUGGGGGAAUCAGUUGACUGGGAAGUCAGUUGAUUGGUUAUCUGAAUGCGCGGGAAGUCAGUUGAUUGGUUAUUUGAAUGCGUAGAAGAAUCAGUUGACUAGGAAGUCAGUUGAUUGGUUAUUUGAAUGCGCGGGAAGUCAGUUGAUUGGUUAUUUGAAUGCGUAGGGGAAUCAGUUGACUGGGAAGUCAGUUGAUUGGUUAUUUGAAAGCGUGGGAAAUCAGUUAUGCAAAUUUAGAGCUAUAGUAGAGAAAACUCCAUGUGACUGCACAAUGUUUAUAUCAUGUACGUGACACUAUCAUCUCAACUACAUUGUACAUCCACGUAUACCUACUUCACAUCAUAGAAUCACUCAUAUCUGUGCGAAUUACCUGUUAUUCUGCAUCCUAGGCUGUGGUGGCACUUUGGCAACCUCUUGAAAGAAAAGAAAAGCAAAAAGUCAAAUUUUCCAAAAGCCCCUUUGUACGUACAAGGUCUAGUCUUCCCUCUGAUCUCGAGCAGAUGCACACAGUGAGCGCCAGUGCAAGAACAAUAAAGUGUUAGUCAGAAAUCUUAUAGUAAAAAAUGGCGGUAAUUGGCGUCCAAAACUUCUCCCACAAUAAAAAGAAUGAAAAUUUUUCACAUUUACAUUUUUCUAAAAGCCACAGUUUUAGGGUGUGGGUAUAACAGGGAUUCGUGCAGAAUUGUUUUAUAGUCAACUACAAAAGACCACCAGUAAUAUAGUAAACAACGUUGUGCAAUGUUCAAGGAAAUGUGCAUAUAUGCAAUGUUACAUCUUGUCAUUUAACGUGGCAUAUUAGCUUUAUCAGGUUUUUGUAUUGCUGUCAAUGGAUUUAGCACGUAUGGAUAUAUUUUCACUGGUAGCUGGCAUGUAGAAAAGUUACGCCGACCAUAACGUAUCAUACGCAAAGGGAAAUAUGAUUUGAGGUUAAUUAUAUCCAUUUUAUCUCGCGCAGUAUGUUAUUAACACAUUUGCGACAUACGGACCAUUUGCACUGGUACGGAGACAGCUAUAUGUUUUGCAAUCCCUAGUGUUACCAAAUGAGU